AAACUGAAAUGGAAAAAAUAAAAUAAAUUUCAGAGCUUCAGUUAGAGAGAGAAGAGAGAGUCCCAAAACCCAGAGCCCAAUUUCAUGGAGCCGGAGCCGAAAGGCCUCAAGGAAAAUAUGAAGCUUCGCCAAUUCUUGUUCUAGGGUUUCUGUUUCGUCCCCCGAAGGAACAAGCAUUGUUUUUCAGCGUAUAUUACAGGAAUUAUUUGUUUUUGAUUCUUGUCAUGCGAUUUUCUUCGGUGGAUUCGGGUGCAUCGUCUUCUAAGGAAAGCAAGGGUUCUAAUCAGUCGGGUCCUCGGCUUCGGAAGAAGCACAAGAGGCUCGACGCCAUUUGUGAAAAGGAAUAUACCAGAAACCGUGUUGAUUUGAAUGAGAGUACCGGUGUGAUAGGGAAUGAGAGUGCUGAUUUAGAGAUCCGCAGAAGCUCGCGGGUUCGUCGGGCUCCGGUUUUGCUUGAUGUGUCGCCGUCCCCACCGAAAAAGCGGCGUAAGAUCAUUAAGAAGGAUGUAGUGUCGAGUGUUGGCACGAGUGUUAAGAGUUCUCCUCAGGCGAGCUCGAACUUGGAGGAUUUGGACUCUCCGGGAAGUUGGAAGUUGAGGUUGAGAUCCAGGGAUAGAAAUGCGAGCUUUCGAGUGAAAGAGGAGGCAAAUUCAACAAGGGGGAAAAGGAAGUUUAUUCAUGAAGUAGAGGAGGGCAGAAGUGAUGAAAAAGCUUCAGGAAAAAAGGGGAUUGACAAAGGUGAAUCAGAAGGUAAGUAUACGGUUGUGAAAUCUAAGAGACCAGGAAGAAUCAAGGCAACAAAUGGUUCAAAGACGGAAGAAAAAGUAAAGGAGUUGUGUAUCAUUAAAGAUGAUGUUACACGGGAAGAAUCGAAGGUCAUUGAUAACGAGGGAAGGGAUGUUGUAUUGCAAUAUGAUAAUGAUUUAGGCGGUCACCUUGAAAGGGAAACAGUAGGUGGUGAUGCCUUGGUAGUGGUUGAGACAGAGGAGAAUUUGCAGUUAGAGGAUGAGUGCAUUUGCAAUGAUUCUAGGGAAACUGUGGAGAAAUCAGAGUCCAUUGAAAGUGUAGAGAAAGAGGACAACACAGAGGCCAUUCAAGAUGUAGAGAAAGCGGCAAACAUUGAGGAUAUUGAACCUGCUCAGGAGGAGGAGGCCAUUGAAAAUGAAGAGAAAGAGGAUGUUGCAAAAGCUAUUGAACAUGUAGAGAAAGAGGACAAUACGGAGAUCAUUGAAGAUGAACAGGACAGUGUCGAGGUUAUUGCACAUGCAGAGAAAGAGAACAUUACAGAGAUACUUGAAGAUGCAGAAAAAGAAGAAAAUGUUGAUGCCGUUGAACAUGUAGAGAAAGAGGGAGAACAAUUAGAAUUUGGAGAAAACCAAGUUGACUUUGUGGAAGUUGUUGCAUCUGCAGCAAAUGAGUUGGAUGGUGCAGGUUGUUAUGAUGGAGGGGAUGUGAAUAAAAGAAAACCUGAUGAUGAAUCUCUUGUAAAAGAAAGCAAUAAGCCAGAUACUUCAAAAUAUGCUUCAAGUGGCAUACUUGGCAAACCACGCAUUAAAGAGGGUAGGCGAUGUGGUUUGUGUGGUGGGGGUACAGAUGGUAAACCGCCAAGACAAUUGGCUCAAGAUGCAGGUGAGAGUGAGAAUGAGGCAUACAGUGGUUCUUCAGCUUCUGAGGAACCCAGUUAUGACAUAUGGGAUGGUUUUGGUGAUGAACCUGGCUGGCUUGGACGUCUUCUGGGUCCUAUAAACGAUCGGUAUGGUAUUGCUGGAAUAUGGGUUCACCAACACUGUGCUGUAUGGAGUCCCGAGGUUUAUUUUGCUGGUUUAGGUUGCUUGAAAAAUGUAAGGGCUGCCCUUUGUAGAGGAAGAGCAUUGAAAUGCACUCGCUGUGGAAGGCCAGGAGCCACCAUUGGAUGUCGUGUUGAUCGAUGUCCACGAACUUACCACUUGCCUUGUGCUCGAGCAAAUGGGUGUAUCUUUGAUCAUCGCAAAUUUCUUAUAGCAUGCACAGAUCAUCGGCAUCUCUUCCAACCUCACGGCUUUCAGCAAUUGACAAGAAGAAAGAAAGUUAAGGCUAGGAAAAUGAAGUUGGAAUUGAGAAAACUUUCAAAUGAUGCUUGUCGAAAGGAUAUUGAGGCAGAAGAGAAAUGGUUGGAGAAUUGUGGUGAGGAUGAAGAAUUUUUGAAGCGUGAAAGCAAGAGACUUCAUCGAGAUUUGGCCAGGAUUGCACCUGUGUAUAUUGGUGGCACUGAGUCUGAAAGUGGAAAAUUGUUUCAGGGUUGGGAAUCUGUUGCUGGCCUUCAAGAUGUCAUCCGGUGUAUGAAGGAAGUUGUCAUAUUGCCUUUACUCUAUCCAGAAUUUUUUGAUACUCUUGGCCUUACACCACCUAGGGGUGUUCUACUCCAUGGGUAUCCUGGAACAGGUAAAACUCUUGUUGUGCGGGCAUUGAUAGGUGCAUGUGCUCGUGGUGAUAAACGGAUAGCCUAUUUUGCCCGGAAAGGGGCAGAUUGCUUAGGAAAAUAUGUUGGUGAUGCUGAGCGCCAGCUAAGACUCUUAUUUCAGGUUGCUGAGAAAUGUCAACCUUCUAUAAUAUUUUUUGAUGAAAUAGAUGGAUUGGCACCUUGCCGCACACGAAGACAAGAUCAGACCCAUAGUUCAGUUGUAUCGACAUUACUUGCUCUGAUGGAUGGUUUAAAAUCACGAGGUUCAGUUGUAGUCAUUGGUGCAACGAAUCGUCCUGAUGCAGUUGAUCCGGCAUUAAGGCGGCCUGGAAGAUUUGAUAGGGAGAUUUAUUUUCCACUUCCAUCAAUGAAGGACAGAGCUGCCAUUCUUUCGCUUCACACUCAAAGGUGGCCAAAACCAGUUAGUGGAUCCCUGCUUCAGUGGAUUGCAAGAAAAACUGCAGGAUUUGCUGGUGCAGAUCUGCAGGCACUCUGUACUCAAGCAGCUGUCACUGGUCUGAAAAGGAAUUUUCCUCUGCAUGAAAUUUUGUCUGCUGCUGAGAAAAAUACUUCCUGUGGUAAACGCCUUCCUCUUCCUAACUUUGCAGUAGAGGAAAGAGACUGGUUGGAAGCUUUAUCAUGCUCCCCACCUCCUUGCUCUCGAAGGGAAGCUGGAAUAGCUGCUAAUGAUGUAGUAUCCUCUCCUCUUCCUUUCCACCUUAUUCCUUGUAUUCUGCGACCAUUAUCCACUCUGCUUGUCUCCCUCUAUCUUGAUGGACGCCUGUGGUUGCCAGCUUCACUUUCUACAGCCGCAGGUAUGAUAAAAAGUGUGAUUGUUUCAAUUUUGGACAAGAAGAAAUUGCCUAGUGAUUGUUGGUGGUCAUUUCUUGAUGAUUUUAUUCGAGAACCAGAUGUUGCAAAAGAAAUAGAAAAGAAACUUCUAGACUCUGGCAUUUCCCUUGGAAAUUUUAGUCCCACUGCAUCUAUUGAUUUUGAUGAUGAGACUGAUCACAGCAAUGCAAAGUUUGAACCUUUCUUGAAACUUAAUGGUAGAGCCCACUCAAAUAUGUUGUGGAACCCAUCAAUUACUUCAGGAUUCCGUAUGUUGAUUGCUGGAAGUCCCAGAUCUGGUCAGAGGCAUCUUGCUUCUUGUAUUAUUCACUGCUUUGUUGGAAAUGUUGAAAUUCAAAAGGUUGAUUUGGCUACAAUAUCACAAGAAGGGCAUGGAGAUGUGGUUCAGGGGAUGACACAAGUAUUAAUGAAAUGUGCUGGCGUUGGUUCAUGCAUGAUAUUCAUGCCACGAAUUGAUUUAUGGGCUGUUGAGACACCUCAGCAAGUAGAGGACUGUGAUUCCAUUUCAACGGACCAUCAGUGCCCUAAGAAGGCUAAUCCUCCCCAUAUUAAACAUGAUCAGAAUAAUAACUCGUCUAGUCCACUUAGAAAAUUAACAGGGACAGUAGGAGACCAAAGUGUUACUCAGAGUGCUUCAAAUACCUGGAGACUAUUUGUUGAACAAGUGGAAUCUAUCUGUAUUUCUACCUCCUUGAUGAUUCUGGCCACGUCAGAAGUUCCUGUACUUCCAAUUGAAAUCAGGCGGUUCUUCAAGAAAGAGAUAUCAAAUUGCAACCAGUCAUCUCAAAGGGAGCACACAGUUCCUCGAUAUUUUGUGCAAGUUGAUGGGGAUUUUGACCAUGAAUCGGUAAUCAACCUAUCUGCGGCUAAGUUAUCGAGGGACGUGGUUCAACAGCUAAUUCAGUUAAUCCACCAAAGAUCUCAUAUCCAUGUAACAUCAGCAGAGGAGUAUAAAAAUUCUAAUGUACUUGAAGGGCAUACAGUGUUGGUAAAUCACAAGACAGUUGAUGGACCAGGUGAUGCAGAUGAAGAUAUAACACAAUGGAAGGAAGGAUCCAUUGAUAAAAUUACUCGGCCGCUUAAUAGUAGAACUGUCAAGGGAAGAUCAAAUUUGCAUCUAGCUGUAUCUUCAUUUGGUUAUCAAGUUCUGCGAUAUCCUCAGUUUGCUGAGCUAUGCUGGUUCACAUCAAAACUGACAGAAGGUCCCUCUGCGGAUCAAAGUGGACCCUGGAAAGGCUGGCCUUUCAAUUCCUGCUUUAUUCGGCCCAAUAGCUCAGAAGAAAAGGUGGCUGUUGGUUCUGGCAACCUGAAAACCAAAGAAAAACCUGGUGUGGUUAGGGGUCUGGUAGCUGUUGGUUUAUUAGCAUACAAAGGUGUGUACACCUCACUGAGAGAGGUCUCCUUUGAUGUAAGGAAGGUUCUUGAGCUUCUAGUCAGACAGAUCAACGAAAAAGUUCAAGCUGGGAAAGAUAGAUAUCAAUAUGUUCGCCUUUUGUCACAAGUUGCGUACCUUGAAGAUGUUGUAAACAGCUGGGCAUACACAUUGCAAAGCUUAGAGCUGGAUGCUCCAAUGCCAGUGCUGGUGCCUGUGCCUGUGCCUGUGCCAGUAGUAAACUCUAAUCUCAAUGGCACUAGGACUCCAGAUAAUCAAGUUCAAAGCCAGGAGUUAAAGCCAUGUGUUUCUAGCAGAUUCAUCGACAAGUCUGAAGUACAAAAAGAAAAUCAACUAGGUCUUGCUACUGAAAAUGUUGAUGUGGACUUGAACACAGAAGACAUUGAUUUAAGUUGUGUCAAUUCUGAGGGUAGAGAUGCUACUACAGAUGGAUCACAGCAAGAAGUUUUUCUGAUGAAUAAUUCUACCCCUGAUAAAUCUGUUCACAAUUCCGAGUAUGCUAAAGUUUUGAAUAAGCAAAAUGGGACACACAAACCAUCCGAGUACGCAAGUGGCAAAAAUAACAUGCCAGUAGAUGUAGAGACUGGGUUUUCUGAACAUUUAAAUGGAUUAACAUUCCUAGAUUCUGCUGUCAUAUCCGAAGAGAUUGCGAACGAGCAUAGUUCUGAUACUGACAAGAAUCUUCAAGAUGACGACUUCCCUUCAAGGAAAGCUACAAAGUCUGGGGAUUUAUGUUUAUACCGUUGUUGCUCUGAAUGUAUAAACGCCCUCAGCAGCUUGACAAAGAAACUUCUCAUUCAUGAAUGGAAAUUGUACAGGAGUCAGUGGACGGCGGAGGAUGUUCACGAUGUUGUUGCAUCGUUAUCUGUUGAUCUUCUCUCCGCCGCUAGUAGCAUUCUUGUGGCUGGUAGCCGCAAUCCCAGCAACAGAAAAUUGAUAACAUGUAACUGCAAUGAUCUCGGAAAUGAGAGCGCUGUGCCGCCGAGCGAAUGUAGCUGUCACAGUCCAGCUACUGAAGCCACAUCUGAGCAUAACUUUAUUUUCAGAGAUGGUGUGUUGCUUCCUAUGGAUCCAGGGAAUAAUGUUUCGUUUCACUGUAAAUUUGAGACAUUGUGUCUCUGUUCUCUUGUAGAAAUAAUAGCAAUGACCAAGCAGCCUUUUUGAUUAGGGAUUUCACAGAUUUGAUUACUUGCCAUGGCUAUGCUUGGUCCGGCGGUAUUUAUAAAGAAAAUAUUUUAGAGAUCAAAAUUUUGUCAAACUUAGUGUCAAUUUAUACAUUUCUUUUUUUUUUCCUCUUGUAAGCAAAACAGAAUGAAAUCAUCUUUCUCCAGCAAAUUUUGUCAAACUUAAUGGACUAUUAUAAUUUCUAACUA